AUGAAACUUUUUGUCACAGGUGGAACAGGUUUUAUCGGAACAGGUUUUGUAAAGGAAGCUAUUGCCAAUGGGCAUCAAAUACUCGGACUUGCCAGAUCGGACGAGUCAGCCGGAGCUCUCGAAGAUGCAGGUGCAGAAGUUAUUCGUGGGGACUUAGAGGACCUUGACGUUUUAAGAAAAGCUGCAAAAGAAUCAGACGGAGUGGUUCAUCUUGGCUUCGUCCAUGACUUUGCAAACUUUGUAAAUUCUAUGGAAAUAGAUCAAAGAGCUGUAAAGGCUAUGCUCGAGACUCUCGAGGGCACUAAUAAAUUCUUUGCCAACACGAGCGGUCUUCUUGGAUUAACCACUGAAAAUGGAGAAAUCGCUGAUGAGUCCACCCCAAUGACAUAUGAGGAGAACUUCGGUCUAAUUCGUAGACUCACAGAAAAACUUGCAUUGUCCUAUGCUGACAGGGGCGUUCGAGUUGCUUCUGUGAGAUUAGCGCCUACGGUUCAUGGUAAGGGUGAUCACGGUUUUAUCACUAGUCUAUUGGAUAGUGCGAAGAAGAAUGGUAAAUCUUAUUAUAUCGGUGAGGGGGAGAAUGUGUGGCCCGCAGUACAUCGUGAUGAUGCUGCAGUGCUUUACAGGUUAGCUGCAGAAAAUGCACCGGCGGGAUCCAUCCUUCAUGCUGCAGCGGAAGUGGUUCCGAGCAAAAAAAUUGCAGUGGCGAUCGCAGAAGCUGCAAAUGUUCCAGUUGACACAACCAGUUCAGCUGACGCAUUGAAAAGACUAGGGUUUCUUGGUGCCUUUUUUCAGAUAAACGCCAACGUCUCGAGCGAGAAAACUAGAAAACUCUUGGGAUGGGCACCGUCUAGGCUCGAUCUCGUAUCCGAUAUCAAGGACAACUACUAA